CCAAAUCUGAAAAAGUUUAAGCCGUAUAAAAAUGGCAAAGAGAAAGAACACAGCAAUGGAAGUAGGGAGCAAUUUACGGUUAGUUUCAUCUUCUUUCUCCCUACAAAAUCUCCCCCUUCUUGUCUCAUCCCGCAAUAUCAUGCCUGCAUCAAACGUAUGUAAUCCCAAUUUGGAUAGAUUUCUGGAUUAGAUAGAUUCAAUUCCAAUUUUCAUCCAAUUUUGAAACCCCUCUUCUAUUCAUUAUCUGCAAGCAGUUUUCAUCAAUUAGAUUGCAAAAAGAUUCAAGAUUUUGCAUACCCUUUUGAGUAAAUUGCAAAAAGAUUCAAGAUUUUGCAUACCCAUUUGAACAAAUUGCAAAAAGAUUCAAGAUUUUGAAUACCCAUUUGAAUAUAUUGCAAAAAGAUUCAAGAUUUUGCAUACCCAUUUGAAUAAAUUGCAAAAAGAUUCAAGAUUUUGCUUACCCAUUUGAACAAAUUGCAAAAAGAUUCAAGAUUUUGCAUACCCAUUUGAAUAUAUUGCAAAAAGAUUCAAGAUUUUGCAUACCCAUUUGAACAAAUUGCAAAAAGAUUCAAGAUUUUGCAUACCCAUUUGAAUAGAUUGCAAAAAGAUUCAAGAUUUUGUAUACCCUUUUGAAUAAAUUGGAUUAUAUAGUUUCUUGAUAUGAUGUCUGGGUUGUGGAGAUGGAAAAAGAUUCAAGAUUUUGCAUUUGCAGCAUCAAAGCGUGCAAAUUGUGUGUUGUACACCGGCACCGGAGGUCCGGGCAUGGCUCGGGUGGUGUUGGGUGGUUUGCAAGCAAGGUGGAAAUGGUAUCACGGUGGUAGUGGUGGUGGUGGUGGUUCGGAUGAUAGUGGUGGUAAGACAACGGUGGUGACACGGAGGAUUAGAGCGGAAGCUAACUGUCCUAGGUGUUCUAAGCAGAUGAAUCUGGUGUUUUCGAAUAACAAUUAUCUGAUGCCACCGUCUUCUUAUGCCGGAAAUGAAUUGGAUAUACAAGCUGAUGGUGUUUCAGAUGGGAAUAUGAGAAACGGUUACCAGGCGGUUAACCUUUGUCCGAAUUGUAAAACGGCUUAUUAUUUCCGACCAUACAAAAUGGCGCCUUUGCAGGGCCGGUUUGUGGAGAUCGGUAGGGUUAAGAAUAGUAACGGGAAGGAUAAGAGGGAGAGUAACAACGGGGAUGAUUAUGCGAAUAAGCUUAAGGCUUCGUUUUGGGAGACGUUGAGGGCGUAUGGCGGUGAACCACCGGAGAAUUGGGCGAAUAAUGGACUUGCUGUGCAUACCGCCCCUGGACUGCCAGGGGUCAAUGUUAUACGUGCUGGUGGUGGUCCUGGCGGCGGUAACGGUGGUGGUGACGGAGAGAAGUAUGGGUGGGGUGGUUCGAAUCUUGGAAAGAAUUUGCCUACACCGAAGGAGAUUUGUGAAGGAUUGGAUAAGUUUGUUAUCGGUCAACAUGGUGCCAAAAAGGUUCUUUCGGUGGCUGUUUAUAACCAUUACAAAAGGAUAUAUCACGCCUCUUUGCGAAAAGGGUCAGGGGCAGAUUCAGAAAGAUCCAAGACCGAAGAUGAUGACGACAACGUAGAUUUAGAAAAAAGCAAUGUACUUCUAAUGGGCCCAACGGGCUCAGGGAAGACUUUACUUGCAAAGACCCUAGCGCGUUUUGUUAACGUUCCCUUUGUUAUUGCUGAUGCAACAACAUUGACCCAGGCUGGUUAUGUUGGUGAUGAUGUUGAAUCUAUAUUGCACAAGCUACUUACGGUUGCUGAAUUUAACGUUCAAGCAGCACAACAAGGGAUGGUUUACAUUGAUGAAGUCGAUAAAAUCACCAAAAAGGCCGAGAGCUUAAACGUGAGCAGAGAUGUUUCCGGUGAGGGUGUUCAGCAAGCUCUACUUAAAAUGCUGGAAGGAACUACAGUAAAUGUGCCUGAAAAGGGGGCCAGGAAGCAUCCUAGAGGCGAUAACAUUCAGAUAGAUACAAAAGACAUACUUUUCAUAUGUGGAGGAGCAUUUGUCGAUUUGGAAAAAACCAUAUCCGAGAGACGACAGGACUCAUCAAUCGGUUUCGGAGCACCAGUUCGUGCUAACAUGAGAAACGGUGCACCCACAAAUGCUGCAGUGACGUCAUCUUUACUUGAAUCCGUGGAAAGUAGUGAUCUUAUAGCUUAUGGACUGAUACCCGAGUUCAUAGGACGGUUUCCAAUUUUAGUUAGUUUGACCGCUCUAACCGAGGAUCAACUUGUUCAGGUUCUAAUGGAACCCAAAAACGCUCUCGGGAAGCAGUACAAGAAAUUAUUUCAGAUGAAUGAUGUCAAACUACAUUUUACGGAAAAGGCACAAAGAUUAAUUGCUCAAAAAGCAGCGGCCAAAAACACGGGUGCUAGAGGGUUAAGAGCUAUACUUGAAACGCUUCUAACCGACUCUAUGUAUGAGAUUCCGGAUGCGAAGACAGGGAACGACCGAGUGGACGCCGUUGUGAUCGAUGAGGAAUCGGUUGGGUCUGUGGAUUCGUAUGGUUGUGGUGGAAAGAUACUUCGAGGUGACGGUGCAUUAGAAAAUUAUCUUGCAAAUGCAAGGUCUAGAGAACAAACGGAAGUUGAUGGGGAAGGUGAAGAAGAGACCUCAUCAAAAGCCAUGAGCAUGUAACAUUACAAGAAAUACAACCUAAUUUAACCUUCUUUUUCUCAUUUGUUAACCGCCAUACAAAAUACCCGAAUAAAAAAAAAGUUGUCGUUAUAUCUCCUUGUACAACAUAAUAGCAUUCGAGUCGGGUUUUGGUCGAUAGAGAAAAAAAAAAUAGGAAAAUGUUACAUUCUUGUUUAAUUUGUACAUUGUACAAAUAAGCUUUCUAAAUGAGAGGGAUUAUCCCAUUUUACAUA